AUGAGGCGAUUUCUUCGUUUCGUUCCGCCAGUUUUUGCAGAAACUAUACAAUCUUCUAGGAGGUUGCAAUCGAGUGAGAAGAAUAUGACACUUAAUCAAGAAGAACUCCAACAACUUGUUAAGAUGCUAGAGGCUGAUCCGAAGCUUCUUAUCGAUGUUGUGGGAAAAAUGGAUGCACAGAGUAGACGACGGUUAAUAGUUGCCGGUGGGGCUAUGGAGUGGUUUGGUAAAGAGAGUGCUGCUUCUGAGAUCGAACGGGCUGAUGUAGACAAGGAUCUUAUGAUAUCUCCAAAAGAUUUUGACCACUGGUUUGAAAGCGCAUUGCGGCGGAGGUACGGUGAUGACCAUACAAAACAUUCAAAUUCCACCGCAAAUGAUACGGACGUGCCAGUGCCAUUUCUUACAUUAGUCUGGGUAGCAUUUGUAGCUGGUUUACCAUUUGUGGGUUUUGGAUUUCUUGACAAUGCCGCAAUGAUUCUAGCAGGGGAUGCAAUUGAUAAUACAGUUGGAUACUAUCUUAAUUGUUCUGUAUUGGCGUGUGCGGCAAUGGGAAACAUAUUUUCAGGUGUUUUAGGAAUGCAAGUUCACGGUGUAAUUGAUAAGUUGGUUAGAAAACUAAACUUUAAGACUCCUGUUCUUACUGAAAGUCAGAUGAAAGGAAGGCGUGUGUUUUUUGCAGGUCAUAUUGGUGGUACACUCGGUAUCAUGAGUGGUUUGUUACUAGGGAUGCUUCCGUUGUUGUUCCUUGACAGUGAUGAGGCCAAGGCAGAUCACGCACUUUUUCAACGCUGGGACAAAAAUGGUAACGGUUACCUGGAACUGGAAGAACUAGAGAAGAUAGUGGUUGAACUUGGACUCCCGAAAAAUGUAGCAGCCGUAGCUGUAAAGAAAUAUGGACAAGAUGGCAAACUUGACUUUGAACAGUUUCAAAAGGUACGAAAUGGUAUCCGGCAUGGUGAAGCAAUCUUUGCAUAA